CCAUAAUUGAUGCUAGCUGUGGGCAGGCAGAUGCUGGAGGCAGGAGGAAGAAGGGAGGGAAGGAGGGAGAGCAGCUGGAUGUGUUUAUGGAGGAGAAAGAGGAAGGCAAGAUGGUGGAGCAGGGUAACCAGGAGGCCCCUCCCCCUCCAGACUCCAGGACUCAGCCGUACCCCUCCGCCCAAUUCGCCCCCCCUCAGAACGGCCUGCCCGCUGAGUUCACCGCCUCACACCCUCACCCUGCGCCCCCCGACUACACAGGACAGCCCUCCGUCAGCGAACACCCCCUCAACAUGUACCCCACUUCACAGAACCACAGUGAACAGAGUGGACAGGACACCAGCAUACAGACCGUCUCAGCCACAGCCACACAGACAGAGGAGGAGUCUCAGACAGACAGUCAGCAGCAGAGCCAGUCGUCUGACAGUUGUAACAGUAAGACUCAACCCAAGCGUCUCCAUGUCUCCAACAUACCCUUCAGAUUCAGGGACCCAGACCUCAGGCAAAUGUUUGGCCAAUUUGGUCAAAUCUUAGACGUUGAAAUCAUUUUUAACGAGCGGGGCUCUAAGGGUUUUGGGUUCGUAACUUUCGAGCAUAGUGCGGACGCUGACAGGGCGCGAGACAAAUUACACGGCACGGUCGUAGAAGGCCGUAAAAUAGAGGUCAACAAUGCAACGGCACGGGUAAUGACCAAUAAGAAGACAGUCAAUCCUUAUGCAAAUGGGUGGAAGUUGAACCCAGUAGUCGGUGCAGUCUACAGUCCAGAGUUCUAUGCAGUACCGGGCUUCCCCUACUCAGCAGCCAGUGCUGCGGUGGCGGCCUACAGAGGGGCCCAUCUAAGAGGUCGAGGGCGUACGGUCUACAACACAUUCAGAGCAGCCGCACCCCCACCUCACAUCCCCACAUACGGAGGUGUUGUUUACCAGGAUGGAUUUUAUGGUGCAGAUAUUUAUGGGGGCUAUGCUGCCUACAGGUAUACUCAGCCUGCUGCCGCCACAGCUGCUGCAUACGGUGACAGUUACGGACCAGUAUAUGCUGCGGACCCCUACAACCACCCACUUGCUCCAGCAGCCACAUACAGCAUUGGUGCCAUGAAUCCGUUUGCCCCGUUGGCUGAUGCCAAGACGAGGAGUCAUGCAGACGACGUGGGGCUGGUGUUGUCCUCCCUGCAGGCUAGUAUAUACAGGGGAGGUUACAGCCGCUUCGCCCCAUACUAACCCACCAACCAACCUCCCCACAACCAAACAACAACCAAUUACUACCCUACCAACCAACCAACCUCCCUAAAACCAUACAACAACCAAUUACUACCCUACCAACCAACCAACCUCCCCACAACCAAACAACUUCAAAUCCUUUCUGACAGGGAUACAACCGAGCAACCAACCUACCGACCAACCAACAAACAAACCACACAACCAACAAACCAGUAUGUGAGUGAGACAGACAGAGAGAGAGAGUGAGAGACAGAGAGAGAGAGAGACAGAGAGAGAGAGAGAGUGAGAGACAGAGAGAGAGAGAGACAGAGAGAGAGACAGAGAAAUAACUUUGAGGCCUGGGUAUUGCAAUAUAUGCUGUCGAGCAUGAUUUUAGCAGCUCCUAAGAGAGAGGGAAGUCAGUCAACUAAAAAUAAGGAUAUUUAUACCUCAGAUGUUGUGUGCUGUUCAUUUUGAUACGGUGGGUUUUUAAUUUGUAAAGGUUAGUAGAUUGUCCGUGUUGGUAGAGCUACAGAAGAGCUACUAGAUUUAAAACCUUACCAUUGUAAAACAACACAUUUUCAACUGUUAGGGCUUCGUGAAAAGACAAACCAAUCCUGUAAAAUACAUCGUAGAAUGAAUGUGAUCCCGUUUCGUAAGAGUGUUUACAUGAUUCUAGGGUUCGGAUUCCUUUGACAUUCCUCUCUGUUAGCAUCUACGUUGUUUCCUAGCUACUGGGGUUAGGAUUAGGAACGGGGUUAAAGUUAAGGACUGGGCAAGUGUUAGGGUUAGGAUCAGGUUAGGAUUAGGGUUAAGGUUGGGGUUAGGUUAGGAUUUGGGUUAAGGUUGGGGUUAGGUUAGUAUUAGGGUUAAGGUUGGGGUUAGGUUAGGAUUAGGGUUAAGGUUGGGGUUAGGUUAGGUUAGGAUUGGGGUUAAAGUUAAGGACUGGGCAAGUGUUAGGAUUAGGUUAGGAUUAUGGUUAAGGUUGGGGUUAGGUUAGGAUUAGGGUGAAGGUUGGGAUUAGGUUGGGGUUAGGUUAGGUUAGGAUUAGGGUUAAAGUUAAGGACUGGGCAAGUGUUAUGUUUAGGAUUAGGGUUAAGGUUGGGGUUAGGUUAGGGCUGAAGUUUAGGGUUAGGAUUAAGGUUAGGGUUGGGGAGGUGGGGGUAAAAUGGGGCAUUAGAAAGGCACCGAAAGGUUGCAAGAUCGAGUCCCACUGCAGACAAGGUAAAAAUCUGUCGUUCUGCCCCUGAACAAGGCAGUUAACCCACUGCUCCUAGGCCGUCAUUGUAAAUAAGAAUUUGUUCUUAACUGACUUGCCUAGUUAAAUAAAGUUAAAAUAGAUAUUAGACCAGGUGAUGGGAAAGACAGAGAUGGAGGGGAGGUGGGGGUAAAAUGGGCCACAACACAGUGCUGUGUAAUUAUUAGACCAGGUGAUGGGAAAGAGAGAGAUGGAGGGGAGGUGGGGGUAAAAUGGGGUACUAUAAACCCACAACACAGUGCUGUGUCAUUAUUAGACCAGGUGAUGGGAUAGAGAGAUGGAGGGGAGGUGGGGGUAAAAUGGGGUACUAUAAACCCACAACACAGUGCUGUGUAAUUAUUAGACCAGGUGAUGGGAUAGAGAGAUGGAGGGGAGGUGGGGGUAAAAUGGGGUACUAUAAACCCACAACACAGUGCUGUGUCAUUAUUAGACCAGGUGAUGGGAUAGAGAGAGAUGGAGGGGAGGUGGGGGUAAAAUGGGGUACUAUAAACCCACAACACAGUGCUGUGUCAUUAUUAGACCAGGUGAUGGGAUAGAGAGAUGGAGGGGAGGUGGGGGUAAAAUGGGGUACUAUAAACCCACAACACAGUGCUGUGUAAUUAUUAGACCAGGUGAUGGGAAAGAGAGAGAUGGAGGGGAGUAGUUGUGUGUGAAUGAUGCGUAGUCGGCAGCAUGC